CUGCCCUCUCAGAUCAUGAGAGUGAGAGAUUAAUGUCAGCAGUAAAUGAGGCUGUGGGCAAAGUAUCCAGUUUACUGUCAGUGAGACAAGUUCCAGAUAGACUGCUCCUGAAAAGGGACAUCAACAAAUACUGCAAAUUCAUCUGGAGAAACACCAGCACCAUCAACCACAUGAAAUGUGGUAGAGAGAAUGAGAACUACAGAUCGGAGAGCUGCCUUGGUGUGACUAUCCCAGAUGAGCACCUCAGUGGCUGUGCUGUUUAUCCACAUCCUGACAAGCCAGUCCCGAGAGAUCUAAAGUCAGAUGGGGUGGGAGUUCCUGACACUGACUUCCUGCUUUAUAUGUUCACUCACAACACAGAUAAAUGUCGAGCAGAGUCCAGCGUACUGGCCUAUUCUGCUCACUGUCAGACAGACUCUGAUGGGCGACCUCUAGCAGGGGCCAUGGUCAUGUGUAGAGAGCAGCUCAGUGUGGAGAGAUACACACAUGAGCACCUUGUGCAGACAGUGCUCCAUGAGCUGUUCCAUGUUCUGGGCUUCAGUAAAGAGCUCUUCAGUGGUUGGAUGGAUUGUUCUCUCUCCUCUCAGAUAGGUCUGGACUGCUGGUCUCACAGUCAAGUGACUAGUACAGAUGAGAUGGGACAGGUUAGACUGUAUUCUCCUACUGUGAUCAGAGCAAUGCAGAAUCACCUCAACUAUACUCACACUGGCAUAGGAGCUCCGUUAGAGAACAAGGAUGCUGGUUCUGAUGGUCUCUCUUCACACUGGGAGGCCCGUGUGCUGCAGGGAUCCAUCAUGACAGCUUCACUGAUGGAGCCGUCUCUGGUUCGGAUUGAUCCGGCCACACUUGCUGCCUUCCAGGAUACAGGCUGGUACUCAGUCAACCUCAGUGGAGCUCAGAGCCUGGUGUGGGGAGAGGGUGAAGGUGGUCAGUUUGGGUCUCUCUCUACUUGUCAUAAUUCCUCAACCUUUUUUUGCACAGGCAGUGGAUGGGGUUGUCAUUACCUUCACCUUCACAAGGGGGAGUGUCUCACUGAUCAGUACCUGGAUGGCUGCCACAUUUUCAAACCACUGGCAAAUGCUAGUGAGUGUUGGAAAGAGGAGAAUAAGAGAGGAAAUGGAAUGGAGGAGUGGAGUGGAGAGAUCUACGGCUCUGACAGCCGCUGUUUCUUAUCUAACCUCAACAGAAAGAAUCAGUCAACCCCCAAUGCAUCAGUGGCAGGUCAUUGUUACAGACACAGAUGUACUGGAAAAAACAAGUAUGAAAUCCAGGUGAUCGAUUCUGAUUGGUUGGGCUGUCCAGCAGGAAAAAGUAUUGAGGUGUCUGGUUAUCAGGGUUUAAUUUUCUGCCCAGACAAGAGAUUAUGUAAAUAUAAUGAUUUAAGCCCUCCCACUUCAAGACAACAUGCAAAUGUGCUUCCUAAUGCUGCUCCACCUUGUGAGAGAGAUCAUGAUUUGUUAGAGAGAGAUGAUGCCACUCCUCAUCCCAGCCUCAUCCCUCUCUCGUCAGUGGCAGUGGUCAAGGCAGAGAUCAUCAUACCAGUUGUGCUAAGCAUCACUGCUGCUUUCUCACUACUGCUUGCUGCAGUUCUCGUGUACUGGACGUGUUCAUCAGACAGGAUUAGAGUGCAUGCUGCCAUUGAGACUCCUUACAGGCUACAGUUGCCAAUCACCCAAUGCACCAGCCUGAACAGCAGAUAAAACUAAGGACACGUCCAGACUAAUAUGUAUUCAUUUGAAACCGCAUUGAUUUUGAGACUUUUGAAAAAUGCUCUCCAUAACUGCAUAAUUUGGAAAACGAGGUUUCAAAUUUAAAUGGAUUAGUGUGGACGUGGAAAAAAACUGUUCACUAGAAUUCCAAAUAAUAAUACAUUUUAAAUUAAUGGAGAUUAUUUUUAACAGCACCAGGAGUUUACAAUACAAAGAAGCACAAAUUGAUUAAUAUUUAAAAAAAAAAAAUUACGGUUAAAAUACACAUACACACCAAACUAAGCUAAACUGCACUACACUGUAAAAAUAGUGAAAUUGUUGUGUAACUCUUGCCAACAAUGUACUAUUAAUAAGCAGUACUAGGCUGUAUGACUCUUACAUUUUACAAAAUUCAAAAACACAGUACAUGUAAACAUUUUCCUAUACGUCUACAGAACAACUGACCAUGUUAUUACAGCCCAUACAGCAGGUAUAAUAAAUAAUAUAUUAUAGUAUAUUUUAGUAACAUUAUGGCCAAUAACGUUUAUUCUGUACUGUAUAUGUAUAAUUUAAAUUUCAACUAAUUGUAAUUUCUGAAUUGUCUUAUAGCUGAUGCUAUUCUGAUGACAUACAAUUUCUGAAAGCAUGAAAAGUACUAA